AUGGGUGCGCAACCCACGCGGGCGCAGAUGCAUCUCCCUGAUGACGGCGCCAACAGCUUGUACCAGAACGCAGAGCCAGAAGAAGAAAAAAGGCAGUGCAACGCCUUUGUAAGUCCACAACGACACGCCAUGCAACAAGCAGAGACAAAGAACCUUGAGUGCCCAAAAGUCGGUGUGCCCAAUGGCAGCACACGAAGCCUCUUCAGCUCAAAGCAGAGCCUUGGCGCUGAGGGAGGGCGUUCGAUUAAACAUUACACUUUAUAUCUAAUUAAUAUUACUAUAAUAUUAUUUAAACUAUAG